AACAGCUCUCACGGAACCCGUCCUCAUUAUCAGAAACUAUCAACGCGAGAGAGAGAGAGAGAGAUAAUAAGUAUAUAGACGAGAGAGAGAGAAAGGAGGGGUGUUGGUGAGCUUCUCAGUUCUCAUAUCUCACAUCUCAGUUCUGUUGUUUGUCUUAAAUUGAGGUCGCAGAAGGAGUGCUGUUGCCAUGGCGGCGUUGCAGAGUUGUAAUUCCGUGUCUUUAAUGCUACCAAUACAGAAAAGGAAUUGAACGAUCAACUCUGCCCCAAAAUAAUCCGACGUGUGUCCGGAAAAGCUGCACCGCCCAACGACAACAACAUCUCUCAAAACAAUUCAGAAGGAAAGAAGAAACGAAAAAGAAAAAAAGAAAAAGAGAAAUCAACACACAAACACAAACAAAACCCCACCUUCUUCCCCAAAACAAACCCAAAUUCCUCUCACGCCCGCACUCGUUUUCUCUCUCUCUCUCGCCCGCACAUUCGGGGGAGAAGAGGUUACUACCAUCUAUCUUCACUGGCUCUCCUAAUUUCAACCCCAGGCCUAUUCCUCAAACCCAUCAAAGCCCAAGUGAGCUUCUGCUAUGGAUUUUCUCUCCCAAUUGAGGUUUGGCUCAGCUUUUAGGUUGAAACAAUGGCUGGGUUCUCACUAGGUGGAGGAGGAGGAGGAGGAGGAAAUCAGCAGCAGCACAACGAAAUUCCUCCAGAGAGUCUAUUUUUGUACAGAAACGAAGAGAUCUCCUACAACAAGGGUUUCGAGCUAUGGCAACAACAUCUCCACCAACGGCAUGGGCAGCAAGAUAUCUAUUCCUCCGCCUUAGGGGUGGGUCCUAGUCGGAGCGCUAACAUCUCCGAUGAGUCACCGUCGAGAGCAGCACUGGUCAUGAUGCGGCAAGGAGGAAGCGGGGGAGGAGGAAUGAGUUGCCAAGACUGUGGCAACCAAGCAAAGAAGGACUGCGUUCAUAUGCGGUGCAGGACUUGCUGUAAGAGCCGAGGGUUUCAGUGCCAAACCCACGUCAAGAGCACUUGGGUCCCUGCUUCUAGAAGGCGGGAGAGGCAACAACAGCUCGCCGCUGUUGAACAGCAGCAGCAGCAGCUCCGAGGAGAGAAUCCCAAAAGGCAGAGAGAGAAUCCAAGUGCUUCCUCUCUCGCCUGCACUCGUCUACCCACCACCACGUCAGGGUUGGAAGUGGGCAACUUUCCUGCCGAAGUGAAUUCUCCGGCGGUGUUUCGUUGCGUUCGAGUGAGCGCCAUGGACGAAGCUGACGCUCAGUAUGCUUAUCAGACAGCUGUUAACAUCCGAGGGCACGUCUUUAAGGGCAUUCUCUAUGAUCAAGGUCCCGAAGGUCAUUACGUUCCCGGUGAAAGCUCCUCCGGUGGAGGAGGAAUUCCCCUUAAUCUCAUCACCGCUGGAACCGCCGCCACCACCACCACCACCACCACCAAUGUUAGUACUAGUACCGCAGCUGCCUCGGCCGCUGCCGCGUUGCUUGAUCCUUCUUCUCUAUACCCAACUCCCCUCAACGCUUUCAUGGCUGGUACGCAAUUUUUCCCACACCCAAGAUCUUAAGAAAACACUGGUUUUUUAUUCCUUCUUCCCAUCGAUCUCCUUUCCUUAACCCACCAUCUCCCUCUUGUUCAUUGUUCUUAUUAUUGAUGUUGUUGAUGCCGUUGUUGUUCUUAGCACUUUAACACCCAUUGGUCCGGAGGAAGAGAAAGAAGAAAAGAAGUAGAGAGAUUGAGUAAUGCGGAUGUUUGUUCCAAUUUCAAUCCAGAUUUUCAUAGUUAUAUCUACUCUUCUUAUUGUCGUCAUUGACCUUUAUUUGCUUUAUUUAUUUGUUUCCAAGUGUUGCUUGUGUUAUAGUACCGAAUGAGUGUCUACUGUCUAGUAGUCUCUCUCUCUCUCUUGUUGUUUGUUUCUCACUUUUCUUUAUGGUUCUUUUCUCGUGUAUUGAA